GUUUUCUGACAGUUUCAUGGCAGGAUUGAAAUGGAGUCACAUAAUCAGGAGAUGGUGGAAAGAUAUAUUUUGUCAAGAUUACAGUCAAGGUUGGAGGAGGCACUGGAAAGGCAGCCCUUGGACCUGGAUUAUGUGGACUUUGUGUGCAGAAGCGAUUCGCACUUAAUUGCUUCACUGGGCUCCUACAUCAGUAUUUCACCUGAGGUACACAAUGCUAUUCUCCAGCUGCUCACGAUUUUGAAUGACCACCUUGACAACAGAAGAACAGCUGAAUUAGACUGCAGGGUCAACAGCCAGAAACUUACAGAAAAUGGACCCAGUACCAGGAUGGUAAAGGGCCAGCUGAUGUCUUUAGGGCACAGGGUCCAGUGGUCAAGGGUGUGGGAAUCUAUGCAUCGGGUUGAUGGCAUUGGAGUAGUGCAGAGAAUGAUGAGGCUGGGAUGUGUUGUGAGAAGGACCUAUAGUGUCCCAGCUCCUCUCUCACUACUUCAUGUGGACACAAACCACAAAUUAAUCAGAUACGGAAUGGUGAUCUUUGGAGGAAUUGAUGGAUUUUCAAGAAAGGUCCUGUACUUACACAUUGCCAACAACAACAGGGCAACAACAGCACUUCAGUUUUUCCUUGAGGCUGUUGACAAUCACGGCUGCCCAUCUAGGGUCAGGGGGGACCAAGGCGUCGAAAACGUAGAAAUAGCCCGCUACAUGUUUUCCGUCCGUGGCUGUGGAAGAGGGAGCUUCAUGUCGGGCAAAAGUGUACACAAUCAGAGGAUAGAGCGUCUGUGGCGUGAUGUUUGGACCGCUGUGACCUCCAACUUCUAUCAUGUCCUACACAGCCUGGAGGAGGAUAGCCUGCUUGACCCAUCAAAUUCUUCUCACUUGUUUUGCGCCCAGUUUGUUUUCUUGCCCAGAAUACAGCACUGUCUCGACACUUUCACAGAAGGGUGGAACAACCACCCCAUCCGCAGCGAGCGAAAUCUCACGCCAAAUCAACUGUGGGCCAUUGGCAUGAGGCAGAACACUGUAGCCCCCCCUGACAAUAUUGAGGAAAUCCAUAUGCAAGACAUAGACGUCACAGAAAUGGCAGGUGAUGGAGUGCACGUGCCUGAGCUGGUGACUCCACUCAACAUUGAAAACCUGUGGCAGGUUUUUGACCCCAAUGGUCCAUCGCAGUACUUUGGGGCAGACAUUUACUCUGCAGUUGUCCACCAUGUCGAGAAUGUGGUCAACGUCUGAGGUUGAACUGAGAUGCAGUUUACAACAAGAUGCAACGAGGAUACGCAGGUCGGCUACCCCUUCCCCCUAUGAACAGUCACUUAACAUACAAAAUACUUAGGGUAAGACAGUCCAGAACACUUGGAACAGCAAGACAAUUUAUUUUGUUUUUGUUGUCCAUCAAAGACAUUUGGGUUUGAGACGAAACGAUGUAUAUGAAAUAAAAGUUCAGAAUGUCAGCAUUUAUUUGCUGGUGUUGAAAUGUAGAUAUGUUAAAUACUUUUGGAUUUAUGCCUGUUUUUGUGACACCACACCAUUUUUUAGAUGAGCAAAAGUAUUGGAACAGAUCAUUUUAAAGGAAAAUAAAAUGUUGGUGGUGUAUCCUUCUUUUGCAACAACUUCCUCAACCCUGCUAGCCAUGGACAUCACCAAAUGUUGUAUUCAUCAUUUGUGAUGCAAUUUGCUGACUUUUACUGUAAUUUCUUUCUAUUUCUUUCUUUGUUUUGAUGUUUUUUUUUUUUAUUUACUCGUUUCUCCAGGAGGUGAAAUUCCUUCUCUACUUGCUAAAGGUCAAGUAAUUGAUUUGGACAGCUAAACCUUUCACUCCCCCCACCCCCUGAUUAAGGCCUACAUUUUGUUGGCAGAGUGUUUUGUCCUAUUAUCCUGCUGCAUGAUUAAAAUCUUCCCAAUUAGUUUGGUUGCAUUUGUCCAUAGAUUGGCAGGCAAAAUGCAUCUGAACACAUCAUUCGGUUGUUACCAUGGUCCGUUAGAUUAUCAUUAAAAAUUAAGGACAUUGUUCUAGAAGCAGUUAUGCAUGCCCAGGUCAUGACAUUACUUUUCCUAUUCUUCACAGAUGAGCUUGUCUGAUUUUUCCAUUAGAAGUUCAUUUCUUUCCCCAUACUUAGGCCUUUCUUAGACUUGGUAGAGAUUA